AUGAAUUUUUGUUCAUUUAUUUUUUUUUUAUUUAUUGUAAUAUUAAGUGUAUUACAUGCAGCAAAAGAGAAUAACCACAAAAAGGAUUUAUAUGAACAUGGUAAUAAAAAUAGUUAUAGUUCUUCUAAUAAGAGAACUACAAGUGUAAAAUGUGCUAUAAAAGAACCAGAAUAUCAUGAAUUCUCAAAAGAUGAUAAGGUACAUGAUAAUUUUGUAAAAUAUAAUAAAGGAGAAAACCAAAAUAAUUUGGAUAAAGGAAAAAGUGAUAAAAAAUAUUCAAAAAAUAAAUUAAAUAAUAAGAAUUCAGAAGAUAUAUCUGAAUCGGUUAAAAGUGGAGAACCGUGUGAUUAUAAAAAUAAUAUGAUGAAGGAAUGUAAUGUAACUUCUUCAUCAAAACCUAUAAUGAAAAAAACUAGUAGGAUGACUAGAUUUAAGAAUAAAUUAUAUAAAAUGAUUUCAGAAAGAAAUAAAUUUUGGAGAGUUAUUUCAGGAAUUAUUGCAGUUUUGGGACAAUAUGCUAUAAUUUGUGAUAUUAUUAUGUUUAUAGCAGCUAUUCUGGGUUCAGGGGCUACAACGGCAUUUAUUGCAGCUGGAGGUAUUUAUAUGGUUAUUAUACUAUUCAUAAUAUUAAUAAUUGUAUUAGUUUGGUUUCUCGUUACAUGGUUGUGGUCACAUAAAGAUGUGUAUUAUGAAACACAUGAGGAAUAA